AUGGCGUCUGUAGCGGCAUUCUCAGUGGUUCCGCCAGCUGGCGCACUGCCCACGAGACCUAACUGGGGAGCAGCAAGAGCAGCAAGAGCAGCAGCAGCAACAACAACAACGGCACAAACUGCAACAGCGACGCAUUGGCUAUCAUUCGAUGAGGAGACUCUGCAGUACACAGGCUCAGCGGACGGGCUACCAACUCCGCUUCCCAGGGCUACCAUAGGGCGCCCUGCUGGUUGGGGGGCUGCCGCUUGGUCAGACAGUGUAAACGACAGUGCUUCUGAAUCAGAAGCUGCUGCAGCAGCAGGUGGCAAGGGACAGGUAGGGGCAGGGUCCCCUGAGAAGCCCAAAGGAGGCAGCAACAGGCGCCCCAGGCUGCUGGUGUUUGGCGGCUUUUUCUUAGGGGCGUUGCUCGUAGCAGGAGCUGCUGGGCGUUGGCUACAAGACGGAAGAGGGCAACUGCAGCAAGUGCCGGCGAGUGGGUGGCCCGAGCAGCAGCCGCAGCAGGAGCAGCAGGAGGAGCAGAAGGAACAGAAACAGGAGAAGAAGCAGAAGCAGAAGCCGGUGUUGACGCUGCAGCUGCAGAAGCCGGCUCGUACGAAGCCUCGUAUGAAGCUAGACCACAUUCCAAAGACUCCUUCUUUUGAAGAGCGUUUUCCUUACAUUGGUUGGGUCCUACGUGGCGACGAGUUGCCUGUACAGCUGGACUAUGACGCCGAGAGUAUUACACUGUACGAGCAGAAUUUUGCCGAAGCAUUGCAGAGCGUAGAGCAGCGUUGGGAGAAAGCUACUAAGGUGACUCGCCGUGCAUUUUCGCGGCAUUUCUUGCCUACAGUUGGCGGGGGGUUCAUUGUGCCUGCUCCUGUGGCAUUAUUCCAACGGCAUUCGGAGGCUCUGAGGCUCAUCGUUCGUCCGCGGGAGAGCGACAACACGAGGCUAAAGCAGGUCUAUGCAUUCCGUGUACAGCUGCUUGCUGCUGUCUGUACAAAUGCAAGCGCAAGGCUAGAUGCUCUCUCAAGGCUUGAACAGUUCUGCCAUGCCAGCGGUGUAGGCUCGCAGCUCCUAGGCAUCCGGACGUUUCCACUUGCUGCAGAAGAGGCUGCUGCUGCUGCAGGGGGGGCCCCCGGGGAGGGGUCAGUGUCGUUUAAGGAGUUCGUGAGUCUGCUAGGGGGACGGCUUGUUGCUUUAAAGGAGCGAGAUGAAGAUGAAAGCAACGCCCCUCGGGUGUCUAGGGAGCUGGCGGUUCGGCUUGCUAACGUCUUGCAGCGCGAGGAUAUGAUGGCUGCACAGGCUCUGGAAAGCGUACAGAUAUUUCGUUAUUUUUUAAACGAACUUGGGGAAGAAUUUGCCUUUCCUGAAGCUGCAGAUCCUGCUGCUGCUGCUGCUGCUUUCGGCUCUCGCUUCGGGCGGGAGGAUCCUGGGAAGCGGCUUUCUGUUCCUUUCUCUCCGGGGCAGCGCCCCUUUCAUUUGGGUGCAUUUAUGAAGGCUGUCUCUUUGCAUGACGCUUGGGCUAGAGAAUGCGUGAUCUCAGCAGAGGCCGUGGCGGCGUGGGGAGAGCAAUGGACAGAUAAAGCAGUAGAGCAGCUGCUGCGUUCCCUGGAACGCAAGGACCAGCAACGCAUACAAGAAAGACAGGCGUUAAAACAAGAAGCAGAAAAUCUUGCAGACUGUCUUGAAAGCGCCGCAGGCGUACCCCUUCAUGACCUAUACACCCUGGCGGUUGCGCUGCUGUAG